UACACUGACCGAACAAAUUCCUGUUCUUCUGUUCACUCCACAGUGUGUGUGCGUGCGGAAGUGUGUGUGAGCGUUUGAGUGUGUGUGUGUGGGAGAGAGUGUGAAAGUGUGUGUGAGAUGGAGUGUCUCGCGCUGCGUCCCGUGCUGCUGUGUCUGUUCUCGGUCGCCCUGGCGUCCUCGGCGAGCGCGCGGAUCGGCAAGCGCGCGCUCGUCGGCGCGUGUCCCGCGCGCUGCGACAAGUCCCGGUGCCCCGCGCUGUCCACGCGCUGCGCCACGGAGCUGGCGCUGGACGCGUGCGGCUGCUGCGCUGUGUGCGCGUCCGGAGAGGGCGAGGCGUGCGCGGGGAGCGCGAGGCGGCUCGGCGACCCGGUGUGCGCGCGAGGGCUGCGGUGCGUCGAGUCGUCCUCACCAUCAUCUCCAUCAUCGACAGUCGGGCUCCGGCGGAGAUCCCGAACCGCGGUGUGCGCGUGCGCGAGCGACGAACCGGUGUGCGGCAGCGACGGAUUCUCGUACCGGAGCGCGUGCGCGCUGAAGCGGGCCGGCGAGCGCGCGCUGGAGCUUCAGCAGACCCCCGUGCUGCUGGUGCACAAGGGACCUUGCGGAGAAGUUUCGGAGAAACCAACAAGUCUGAGAUAUAAAUACAACUUCAUCGCCGACGUGGUGGAGAAAAUCGCACCCGCUGUCGUUCAUAUUGAACUCUUUCGCAAGAUGGUGUACAGUCUGCGUGAGAGGGCCGUGGCGACCGGCUCGGGAUUCAUCGUGUCCGAUGAUGGACUCAUCGUCACUAACGCCCACGUGGUCGCCGAUAAGAACCGUGUGAAGGUCGAAUUGAAAAAUGGGCAGUCGUACGACGCUAAAAUCACCGACAUUGACGAAAAAUCGGACAUCGCGCUCCUCAAGAUCAACGCUCCGAGUAAACUUCCUGUGAUGAGUCUGGGUCGCUCGGCUGAUCUGAGACCCGGUGAGUUUGUGGUAGCCAUUGGGAGUCCGUUCUCACUCCAGCACACUGUGACCACAGGGAUCGUCAGCACCACACAGAGGGGAGGGAAAGAGCUCGGGCUACGCAACUCCGACAUGGACUACAUCCAGACAGACGCCAUCAUUAAUUAUGGAAACUCUGGAGGACCGCUGGUUAAUCUGGAUGGAGAAGUGAUCGGAAUAAACACUCUAAAAGUGACGGCGGGAAUCUCCUUCGCCAUUCCAUCGGACAAGAUCAAAGAAUUCCUUACCGAGUCAUACGACAGGCAGGCCAGAGGUCGAGUAGCAGCUAAGAAGAAAUACAUCGGAAUCCGGAUGAUGUCACUGACACCUGAGCUGGUGAAGGAGCUGAAAGAGAAGCUGGGUGACUUUCCAGACGUCACGUCCGGCGCUUAUGUGGUCGAGGUCAUCUCCAAAACUCCCGCUGCAGUAGGUGGAGUGAAGGAGAAUGACAUCAUCAUUUCGGUGAAUGGAGUGCGUAUUUCCUCUGCUGCUGAUGUCAGCGCUGUAAUCAACACUAACACUACGCUACGCUUCAUAGUUCGCCGUGGCAACGAGGAUGUCCCUCUCACCAUCGUUCCCAUGGAGAUCGACCCUUGACCUUAACUCUUUACCAGUCUGUAGUUUAGGGGUUUUAGGGCCAAUCAGUGAUGGCCUUCUAAUGGUUGACAGGGUGAAGCUCCGCCUUUCAGUGGCAUGUUAAUAGAACGUUAUAUACGUAUAUGGUUCUUGAUUUUGAUCAAAGAAAGUGUUUCAUUAAAAGAUUAUUGUAUUAUUAGGGAAUUUUAAUUCUGGUUUAUUUACUUUACUGCUUUAAUGUUUUUUAUAUUUUGAAAAACUAAAUGGAAUAUUGAUCAAAGAAGAAAAUAAAAAUAGGAAAAUUUGAAGAACCUUUGCUGGAUUUAACACAAUUUUAUACAAAAAAAAAAGAGAAUUCGUACUGAUAAUAAAACAUUUUUUUUAUAUAAUUUUGUAAAAACAAAAAUGUAUUUAAAUAUUUUUUUUUUAUUCUGCUAAUAAAGUGUGGCUUUACUUCU